UAAUAUAUUAUUUUUUUUAUAUCAAAAUAUAUAUAUAUUAAAAUGUCGAGAGAGUCUGGUAGAAGGUCCGUGGAUAUGGGCGCCGUGAACCGAAGUUCGAGGAGAGGCAAAGCUAAAGCCAUCUCCGACGCUUCGACCUCACGCGUUUCUCGAGGAAGACACUCCGUCUCUUCCUUUCCUACUAUCCCCGAUCACUUAAUCGGGGACGCUAUGACGGAUGAAGAAUUCGACCAGAUUUAUUCUGGUAGAGGGGACGGAAAUCUCUCCACUCUUGAUAGUGUAUUCGAAGAUUUUGAUGAAGCACAUCUAGAUAAUCUGGACGGGGACGAGGAGCCUACACCGCAGAGCAACGACGUCGACGUGGAGACAGCAGUUGAACGAGAAUUCAGUGCUAGCGGCAACAUUCUAACCGACUUUCGAAGUUGUCUUAGCGCUGAAUCUCUUGAAACACUGGUUUGCAACCAAGAUUGGCUCUUGGCAAGACGUCGAGCUCAAGAGUCAUCGUACCUACUCGAAUCGGAGCAUUACAUGAAUGCAACAACAGAUGGAAGUCCGAGUUCUGAAGAAUAAGUUAUAAUUUUUUUAUGUUAAUGUAGAUAUGUAAUUAGUUUUUUUAGGUGAGCGAUAUAUAAGCUCCUUCGAGGGUUUCUUUACGGUUCUUUACCUCGUCGCUUUUUUUGAACCGUCAGGAUAUUAAAUGUGGUUGUUCUUC